CAAUUUUUGUUUUCUCUUCGUGCCAAACCAAAAAAGGAAAGACAAAUAGAAAAAAAAAAGUCGAGAAAGAAAGAAAGAGACAUGGACGCCAUCGAUUCCGUCGUCGAUCCACUUAGAGACUUCGCAAAGGACAGCAUUCGUCUCGUUAAGCGUUGUCACAAACCAGAUCGCAAAGAAUUCACGAAAGUGGCGGUCCGUACAGCGAUAGGUUUUGUAGUAAUGGGGUUCGUGGGAUUCUUUGUGAAGCUCAUCUUUAUUCCAAUCAACAACAUCAUCGUCGGUGCUACUUAAAAGAUAACCAGCGAAGAAGGCGAAGAGAAGAGCAGGGUAACAGCUUUCUUACUUGUUUCAAGAAAAUACUUCAUAGUUUUUUUUUUGUAUGUUCAGAUUCUCAGAAAGAGGAAACAUUUGUUUAACCACACAUUUUGAGAUUAGUCUCUCCAGUAAUUGCAUUCUAUUUUAUAAGUGUCACUGUUUAUUUCGCU